AUGCGUCUCAAUAGCAAAGAAGAACGGGAGAGCUUCGAGUUCUUCACUUCCUAUGCUGUCUCGAACUUGUGCGGAUUUCUUGAUUCGCCUUUCUGGCAACGAGAAUUGCUUCAGGCCGCUCAUCACGAACCAGCGAUUCAACACUGCAUCAUUGCUCUGGGCGCGAUGUAUCGACGCUUCUCCGAAGGUAGCGACUCGCAUCUUACCGAAACUGCCAUGUUGGAUAAGUAUUUACAAUUUGCUCUGCGACAAUCAAAUCAAGCGAUUCAAGACCUGUUACAGAAACAGAAGAUAAGUGAAAAGGUAGCUAGAACGGACAAGAUCACCCUUAUGACAUGUGCUAUCCUUUUCACCACCAUGUGCUGUCUCCAAGGAUACCAAAGAGACGCAAUCGAGCACGUACGCAGCGGUAUCCGGAUGUUGAACGAGGCAGAUGAAGAGGAAGGCGAAAAGUUUGGUCAUCCGAUAGAGAUGGAGUCCUUGCGCACCAUCUUUGUGGGAUUUGAUACGCAAAUCAGAGCGAUAAUGCCCACACAUCUGUCGCGGACAUGGGUUGCGAAGCCCAAGACAAAAACAUUAAGCACCUCACCAACUUUUACUUUAAGCAUGCCUGCAUUGCAUGCGAUGCUAGGACACACGCAGAGCUUGUUGAACAGCAUCCAUGCAUUCAACCAAAAGACUAAACUGCGACCAGCGGAUGAAGCGGAUGAGGUAUACAACGAAUACACCGAACUCAUCAUGCGUUUCCAUCGAGGUGCGACUGUCAUGGAACAUCUCUGGAAAAAAGCCCAUCCUUUCGGUGACGAGUUCCUCCAGCCUCUCACUGCUCUGGAGUUGACGCAAGCCCAGAUGGAGUACCUCCUGCGCGAUCCUAGGUCUGAUCUGGUAGGGAAGUUUCCCUGUUUGAACAAUUUCAAGCAUGCUCGAGGGCCGUUCAAAGAGACGUUCGACGUCGCCGCACAGUCUGUACGCAUCUUUGAACUCGCCGCCAAACUUCUGCCACUAUCUGGUACCCAGACACCGAUAUUCCAGACGCCAGCGGGACCUACAUCCGUGCUUUGGCUCAUAGCAGUCCGCGCACCUUCGUCUUGUCAAGCACUACGCAAACGCGCUGUACGACUCAUGCUGAGCCAUCCACGAAGAGAGGGUUUUUGGGACGGUAUACUCGCGGGCCAGAUUGCAGAAGAGGCUUUGCGACUUGAGCAAGAACGCGCGAGAGCAGAACUGGGUCUACUUGACCACGAUUUGAAUCGCGAUCUGGAAGUGCCUGAACAUCUACGCAUUGUCGCAUUUUACCUGACCCAUCCGGAAGACAGUGACCGCACGGUCAAAGUUGAAUUUUCAGAUGCGCGAGACCUUGCUAUAGGAAUCCCAGGUUCGGUUCGAUGGAUCAGUUGGUAG